GAAACACCCGGAAUAUCUAGAGCUCAGAACAGAACCAUGAUGAUCCACGAUGAACUGGGAUGUGGUGGUUCAUCAUCUCUCCCUAUAAUAUUCCCAUAACGAACAAUGGCUUGCCGGUCUGGAUGCUGCUGCAACAGCAUCGGCAGCUUCAAUGAAGACAAUGCGAGGUUUCUGAUGCUGGCUUUGCUGAUCAUCAUUUACUUGCUGUGCGGGGCAGCGGUGUUUUCGGCGCUCGAGCAGCCGAAAGAGAAGCUGGCCAAAGAGAGAUGGGCUCAGAGGAUCGAGCAGUUCACGAACAAGUACAACCUGAGUCAAGAUGACCUGAAGAACUUCUUGAGAAACUAUGAGGAGGCCAAUGUUGCGGGAAUCCGCGUGGACGCGACCCGAGCGCGCUGGGAUUUCGCGGGAGCUUUUUAUUUCGUCGGAACUGUGGUUUCAACUAUCGGUUUUGGGAUGACGACACCCGUCACUAUUGCUGGGAAGAUAUUCUUGAUCUUUUAUGGGCUAAUCGGUUGUGCCGCCACCAUUUUGUUCUUUAACCUCUUCCUGGAACGUGUCAUCACCGUGAUUGCAUUCGUUUUGAAGUUCUGCCACGAGCGCAGAGAGCGUCGAAAAGCCGGUCCGACUCAAAAUUGCCGUCAUCCUUCCACCGACAACAGAGAUCGGCGCACAGACAGCUUGGCCGGCUGGAAACCUUCGGUGUACUGUGUGAUGCUCAUCUUGGGAGUUGCUGCCAUCUUGGUCUCCUGCUGUGCAUCUGCUAUGUACUCAGCAGCCGAGGGUUGGGACUACCUGGAUGCCCUCUAUUUCUGUUUUGUAGCCUUCAGCACCAUUGGUUUUGGGGAUAUGGUGAGCAACCAGCGUGAGAUAUACGAGGCUCAGGUGGCGUAUAGGGUGGGAAACUUCCUUUUCAUCCUAACAGGGGUGUGCUGCAUCUACUCGCUAUUCAACGUCAUUUCCAUUGUAAUAAAACAAGUUCUCAAUUGGCUUCUGAGGAGACUAGAGACUCCCUGCCAUUGCCCAGGCCAUGGGAACCGACAUCCACGGAGGAAUGCUGUCGUUCCUGGCCACAUGAGAUCACGGAGGGAAAACUCCAUCGAGACUGAUGCAGUCAAUGACAGUGAGGCAGAUGGACGGCGGAUGUCUGGAGAGAUGAUCUCCAUGAAGGACUUCCUGGCUGCUAAUAAAGUUAAUCUGGCCAUCAUGCAGAAGCAGCUGUCAGAGAUGGCCAACGGACACCCUCGCCAGUCAGGGAGCAGCUCACGGCACAAUGAAUUCUCCGGAGGAGUUGGAGCACUGGGGAUCAUGAACAACCGACUGGCUGAGACCAGCGUAGACAGAUAAAUCUACCAUUUACAAAUGUGAAGUAACCGGAGGACCUCCACAGCAAAGCGUGAUUACUUAUUUGCGCCUAGAGACAAGAAAUAACUUGAUAUAAAUAUGCAGUCACACAUGAUGAAAUUUUGUAGGCAACUGUUAGGGAGGCCAGAGCGGGUUGCUCUGUUGCCUAACAGCAAUAGUCUCAGCUGGGCCAGGAGGCCUUUUUGUGUGGAGUUUGGAAAUAUUGGAUAAAGUAAAUUGCUGUAAAUUGUUGUAAAUUUGUGUAAAUUGUGCGAUUAUGUGAAUGGGAGUGUGUGCAUUUUUCCCAGGACUAGGGGUUGCAUAAAUGAAGAUUGCAGUUCAUUCCUCUGUGGCGACCCCUGAUAAAGAAGGGACAAGGCCAAAGGAUAAUAAUCCCUUGUAGACAAGUGUCUACAAGGGAUUCACAACUGUUAAUUGUCCAACCUUAAGGUCCACCUUCCUACCAAACUCUUCUUGACCCCAAAAACUGACCCAAACAAAACUCUAGCUAAGGCUGUAGCUAAACCCUGCUCAAUAGUGCACAUCAGGAAGCCAUAGUGAUGUUGUCAAUGUUAACAUUAUUAAUACUGUUAGAUUAUUAUUUAACAGUAUUAUUAUUACCAUAAAGUUUACCAAAAACUUAUCAUAAAUCUGUGGUCACAUUACUGAAAUUUUGCAGGCAAUUUUGUACCAGGGCUUCUCAACUCUGGGACUUUGGGUCUACUUUACUAAAAACUUCAGCUUAGAUCGCAAUUAAACACAUCUGAGCAAGGUAAUCAAAAUUUUAAGUAUUUCUUUGGAACUAAAUAGACAGUUGUGUUAGGUUGAGACUGGAUCUUAACUCUGUAGGAAGGUGGACAUCAAAGGUCAGAAAGACAAAAUGUUCAGAAGUGGGUACCUGGAGGAGCAUUACCUACACCACUUUUUCCUAGCCUUGUUCUUGGAGCCCCAUCAAAACAACUAAAAUCUCUUUUGUGCAUGCCAGGCCAGUAGUCAGCAAUGUCACUUUG